GUCUCUGACUUUGCCAUAAUGAGAUCGUACAUAUUUAUCCAUCUCCUUCAACAAUUUUACACCAAUUAUUACACACUUGUCAGCCAUUAAAGUAAUCAAGAUAAGAUUAAUUGAAAUUCAUUCACCAUGCUGUUGGUGGGAAAUAAUAAGUAUACGAGAUACGAAAACGGUGGGAUUGUUCCACCGGCAGUGAUAACGGACGAGUCGGACUACGAGGAGCAGGGAACGACCGGUCAAGACUCUGGGAACGAAGAUGACGAGGAUUUGGACGCAUCUGAGGAAAUAUUUCUUCCACAAGAAGAGGAUGACGACCCUGACUUUGAAUCGCGGCCGUCGCCGGAUAUUGACGACGAGGAGAUACUUUACAGGCAAAUGGCCUACCCACCUCUUCCCGAAUACAACCCUCCCAUCGUGGAUUAUCAGUCGGACGAGAGUGGGAAGGCGCACAACUCAUCAAAAUAUGUGUCAAAAAAGAAGGAUACUCGAUUCCAUGCGAGAGAACGACUUGGAGUUCUCACUCCCAUGGAAGAGGUCACGGAACCUCCGUCCAGCGCAGGGACGGAGGCCUCUGGGGUGCACCGUAGCAGAAACAGACACAAAAAUACACGUUCUCGCCUUGUCAGGAAAAACAAGACUGGUCAAACGAAGGACGACCCUUCGAAUCAUCCUUCUGAUGACCAGCAAAAGUCAAUUUUGAAAUCAAAGUCUCCCCUUGGGUCGCCGGAUCGUAGAGUAAAAUUUGUGGGAGCAGGUUCAGUCACUCAAUCUGAAACAGAGUCGCAAUCGUCCGAGUAUUCAAAAAAUAAUUCUGACCACUCGACUCGAGCCAACGAAAGCUCGACGAUCCAAGAAGAAGACGACGACGAGAGCCAUGAAAGUGGAGACCCUGACGUCGAAGAUGAGGCGGAAAGUAUCUCAGCCGACGGCCCUAUCAACGCCUCCCCCACAAUGGAACAGGUCGAGAAAGUUGAAACUUGGCAGUUGGGCAGCGACAAUGAUAACCAAGAACCUCCAAUGUCGAAUAUAGAUGCAGAGUUUGCCAGUAUUUUAGACGACAUAAUUGCAGAACUUCACAGUUGGGAUCGGCUGGCCGGCACGGGAGCGAGCAUAUCUGAGGUGAAUGCCAGUCGACAAGACCAUUUAGCCAACAUUUCGUCCCAUCUGACUUCAUACCUUGGUCAAGUUUCUCCUUCAACGGUGAUGUCGAAUCUUCCACAACUCAUCCCCCUCAUCACGUCCCUCUUAAGUCUGACAGAGCCGAGCUUCAGAGCUCAAUUAUCUUCACUCAAUGCUGUCAACGUAUUUUCCGACAAGCUGAAAGACUGUAAAAUUCAGACAGGGCUAAAAAUACUCCCACAAGCGGACCUCACCUGGUUGGUGCGAAGUCUAUGUGACGUUUCCUCAGAAUCUUCCAAAUCUGUGCUAAAAAGUGUAGGAACUGCAGCCCUGGCAUCGCUGGUGAAAGCGGCAGGCCCAGAAAUGAUAUGCGAACCUAUUUUACUAAUUCUUUUGGGGGAGGAUGAAAAAGUUCCCAAGAGGCCAGAGGGCAGUGGGAACAUUGUGACCACGACGGGAAUUCCUGGCGGUCCUCCGAAGACAAAAGCAACGGCACUGGACGCUCUCACCUUCGCCCUGCUUACUUUUCCAAGAGAUGCAUUUGAUUUGGAAGUGGUCGCCAGAUUGGCUUGUCAUUGUCUUCUUCACAAUAAGCGCAGGGUUAGGCAAGCGGCACUGGAAUGUCUCGCAGUGGUUGCGCAUUCUUUGACGUCCGGAGUCGCUCUUCCACUUUUUCGAAAGUUUAUAUCCGAGGAAGAACUUGCUUUGAUUUCCGAAGUUAACAAUAACAGCCUCAACUCUGAAGAGACGCCUUCACCUUCAAAGCUAGUGGAUUUUGCAAGCCACUACGACUCAGAACUGGAAAUCGACCCUCGAAUCUUUGGACCUCCUUCCAAAAUCCCGGUUCCAAUCAAAGUUUCAGAAGCCCAUCAAAAACUUCAGACUGAAAGUUCUCCCAAAAAGAUUCAAGCCCCCACAUCACCAGCGAAACCCGUUCGGCGUCCUAACCCAACUUCGGCAGUUUCGGCCCGAAUUUCCAGACAUGUUCUACCAUCCCCAAAUGUGGAGGAGUUGGUCGAAUAUGGAGUGAAAAUACCAGCCAACUGCCAACUCCUGAGCCGACAAUCUCUCAAAGUGGGAGGACAGGAAGAAUCCUGUGAUGACGACGUGAGAGAUGCAUCUUCUUCCGGCGGAGGAGGGGCUGUGCGACACACGCUCCGAGAACGGCUAUCUUCCGGUGGGGAAAGUUGUAGUAGCGUCAGCAACAUUGAAUACACGUUACUGGAACUGGACCCCAUAUUAAGUACUCAUGGAUCGAGUGGAGGUCGUCGCAACGGGCGCGGAAAUAAUAAUGACGGUUCUCAAGAAUUCAUAAUUGCUCCGGACGUCGAGUGGAUCUUAAACGGAACGGGGGCAGUCAAAAAGUGUGACCCUACAACAAUGUUACCAAAGGAGUUGAGCAUCCUUGCUCCAGGGACAACAAAAUAUCAGCAGUGGAACAAUAAUUUGGGAAGUAAAUCAGGAAAUGAGUCGGAUUUCAGCAGUUCUGUUGCCAGUAGUCAAACAAGGACUCUCGGAGGAGGCAACAAUAGCGAUAAUAACAUGAAACGGAUCAACAGCACCAGGAACGACCUGCUCCAGGAUUCUUUUGUUCAGGAGCCCGUCCUGGGUCGUUACUACUACCCUCCCACGAGUCACAUUGUAUCGCCUCGUGCCGUGUUGAAUACUUCUGAUCCCCUCAGCAGUCGAUUCUCGUCAAAGUCCUCGUACAAUUUGUUACCCAGCAAGUACACAGUUAUGAGAAACACUAAUCAAUAUCGGGGAGGCGGUCACGACCUAGUUUCCCCUCACGUUCUACUUCCAGGCGCGUACGACAACCCAUAUGUGUCCAAUGCUUACAGUGAUAGCUCAGUGGGGACGACAGGAAGUUGGCACUCGGACUUGGGAAGUCUUUCUAAAAUAAAUUUGAAACCCAAACCCCUCGAACCCAUUCAAAGUCUGCGUGAAAAGUUUUUCGAGUCGGCGAGGAGAAAUGAGACGCUUCGGUCGGACUCCCAACAAUCUGGGGCGACUGAAGAAGAGUCGGAACCUGAGCAUGAGAAGACUGAAUCCCAACACAUAAAACCAGCAGCGAAACCUGCUCCCCCGAAACAACGGAACCAAAAUGUUAACCAAGAGUCGAGAAAACCUCCCAUUGCCCCCAGACCCAUGGUCCCCCCAACCAACCUUCAUGCUGACAACAUCAGCAAGGGCAACAAGCGUGACGGGGUGACCUCGCAAGACGACGAGGUGUCCGUGAGGCGACAGACUGAAACGUUGAUCCACGGUGGAGUGAGUCGAGAGUAUCAUGUUUAUAAUUCCAGGGUCGAAAUUGACCCAGCAGCAGCAGCACGUUCCCCCAUCGCUCCUCUGGGGUCAUCUUUACCGCCCAUGGUCAAACGAGGAGAUGCGGACAGCGCUGGGUCUAAUCACACAAGAGAUUCCGGUGUCAGUGUGGGAAGUGUUGGUGGUGGUUCCAAAACGCCACCCUCUGUUCACAACACGCCUCCCACUCAUCACAAAAACCCAUCCCUUAGUCAAAGAAACAGCUCGGCGGCACAGCGGGAACAGGCUGCGGUACAUGACGCCAGGACGCAGCAGUUGAAUAGAAAUUGGCAAAGUACGCCGGAUGUCCCACUCGAAACCAACGCUGAGAGGAAUUUGGAGACAUUGCAGCGAAAUCGGUCAGGCAGUUCCAGUCGCAUCAAAACCCAGAUCCCAAAACCAGCCCAAGUGUCCGCGAGUGAGGAGAGCAUGCCCGUCCACAGGAAACCCGUUUUGGCGAGACGAGGUCAGUCUGUGACCAGAACGUCGUCCUCCCAAGUCAACGGCGAGCAUGAGCAGUCUUCCCUGCCCCGCAUGAACAAGUUCUCUGGAAACUCGGUCCGAGACCAUGAGGGGAGAAAGCCAUUCGACAGAAAUGGGUCAGGUGAUCAUUUGGAUGAUGAUGAAGAUGGGGGUCAUUACAUCCAAAAUAACAAUGUCGUCUACUCCUACCAAGUGGAUAAUUCCUACUCCAAAUCUUCAUCCCUGUCUCCUCCCGAACUGAGAAACUCCGUCUCCACUGGGAAUUUAACACGAGACACGGACGUUAUUAGGUCACGAAUCCCGGCCUCCAAGUCUACAUAUUUCGAGGUUGGAGAGGACGAGGGUCCAAGAACAGUGCGGCUGUCGUCACGUCGUGAAGGACCCUUUGGCGACGUGAGAGCUUCCAUUGAUGACGAUAUCGAUCAAGGAGCAACCACGCUACCAAGCAGAAGAAACCCUGUUUCGAAAGCUACCACGGGAAGAAUUGUACCCACGAAAGUCUACAAAGGAUCGUUCCGGGAAAUAAAUAGUAAAAAGGCUGCGUCCAACGGUUCCACCCGAAACGAAAUUUUCCCCUCAGAUUUGAAGCCAGUCACAUCUCCCAAGCACGCUCUACCUACAGCACUAGGCCAGUUAGAGUCAUCAGAUUGGGAAACAAAUGUGGACGGUUUUCGUCAAAUGGUUCGAAUGGUUCGUUUCGAUCAAGACGCCAUUAGAAAUGACCUCCACAAUAUCAACCUUUCUGGAAUCAAGCACUUGUCUAAUCUUCGCUCACAAGUUUGCAGAUCGGCAAUCCUAUUUUUUGAAGAGUUAUUUACCCACUUGGGAAGGUCAAUGGAAAUGGAUUGUGAAAAAAUCGCCGAAAAACUUUUGGACAAGUCGGCAGAUACCAACAAAUUUAUUCGAGAAGCGUCGGGAAGGGCAUUGGAGGCCAUGAUGAUAAAUGUGACUCCGCUGAAAGGAUUAACUUGUUUGGAUUUGUUCGGAACGAGACAUCGAAACCCAGUUGUGCGAUGUAUGGCAUCGAAAUUGACUGCAAAGUUGGUGAGCACGGUGGGACCGGAGCGAUGUCUUGGUGAGCUGUCGGAGAGAUUGUUGCCAAUGUUAUGCAAACUAUUGCAAGAGGGCAGUUUGGAAACGAGGACUUCGGCUAAAACUGCAAUGUCUAUGCUGAUGACGCAGCCAUCUUUCCACGUGCUGCUGAGACGUCAUGUACCUGUGGAUAUUCUUCGUCAUGCACAAAAAAAUAUUGAUGCCCUUCAAAAAUUUUAAUAUCUGAGAAUAAACUACGUAGACAUUUUUUGAAUA